GCACCGAGCAUCAUUCCCAGCUGCUAGUGCUACCCAACCUGAUCUCGCCUCAACCCCUACAUAUACACGCACACUUCAGCUCUCGUCGUCAUACAUCUGCUAGUGUGAUCAGUGUGGGCACACGUUGCACACAGGAGUUUGAGGUUGAGGAGGAGAUCGAGAUGGUGCCCGCGGCGAGGAGCGGGUGGCCGGCGGCGGCGGCGGUCCUGGUGGUGGUGCUGGUGCUGUCCUCGCCGCCGGGGACUAGCACGGUGGUGGUGGCGAGGGCGGCGCUGUCGUGCUCGACGGUGUACAACACGCUGCUGCCGUGCCUGCCGUACGUGCAGUCGGGAGGGGCGGUGCCGGCGGCGUGCUGCGGGGGGAUCCGGAGCGUCGUGGCGGCGGCGCGCACCACGGCCGACCGCCGCGCCGCCUGCACCUGCCUCAAGAACGUCGCCGCCGGCGCCGCGGGCGGGCCAUACAUCAGCCGCGCCGCCGGCCUGCCCGGCAGGUGCGGCGUCUCGGUGCCCUUCAAGAUCAGCCCCAACGUCAACUGCAACGCGGUAAACUGAGGUGGAAGCAGCACUUUCGGCCCGCAUGCAUGUGGGCUCAGGGGAGCCAUGGCCCGUGGGCCGUGAAUGAAUAAUCAACGUGCUUGUAUGUACCAUGUCGUGUACUCAGCAGUUCACAAGUGUGCUUGUCCGAUCAAUCACCAAAUUAAAGGACUCUUAUGACUGUGCGCAAUUGUGCAUCGUGCUA